UCGUUCGUCUCUUUCGUUUUCAUUUCCCGGAAGGAUUCCUCUCUUAAUAUUGCAGGCGAUCCGCAUAAGAAAAAGACAAACUCUGCUGUGCGAGAAUACGACGUCACGCGACUCUAAACGCCUUAUUUUGUGUAUUGAACAGUUGUUGAUAUUUUAAUCAAUUAUUGAUAUUGUCGCGAAAAUUUAGAAGAGUGUGUCAAGUCUUGAAGGUUAAAGAACAUGAGUGACGCCUCCUCUCCGCCACCUUUAAUAAAGAGUUGUAAUGGGAACAAGCCCUCAGUUUGUGCGCCCGUUCAGCCCAGCCCUCAAGACGGACCUCAUCCCUCCAUGAAUGAAGCCAUGCCUGACGAACUGUGCAAGCUCCCUGGAAGACUACGGAUCAAUCCUUCUCUGUGGGAUAAAGAGGAUGUGAAUCUCUGGCUGCGCUGGGCUCAGAGGGAAUACUCUUUGCGACGUGCGGACCACCAAAGAUUUGAGAUGAACGGAAAGGCACUUUGUCUUCUCACCAAAGAGGACUUCCGUCUCCGCUGUCCCAGCUCUGGUGAUGUUCUGUACGAACUCCUUCAACAUGUGAAGCAGCAAAGGAGAUGCGCGAUCUUCAAUCCGCUGGCCAACUCCAACACACACACACAACAGAUGCUCGACUCGCAUGGGACCACAGGUCCUUGUGUUCCCUCUAACAGAAGUGUUCCUGUUUGUCCUGUGAAUCCAAAUUCUCGGGUGUUAACAGCCGGAUGCAGCACGGAUCACAGCCAGGAGGGAAAACCCUUGUCUUCUUACCCUGAGCAUCCACAAGUCAUGAAAGCAGCAGAGCUUUCUCAACAUUCUCCCAAGGUAGGACUGCAACAGAAAUCUCCAGACAAAACCAGACAGCCUGUCAAUGUUUUCUGUACAGAUGAGCCUCUCAACCUGUCCAGUAAACCUGCAAACACCACACACACCACUGAGGCCAAUGGAAAGAUUCCAGACUGCAAACUGUUAUGGGACUAUGUGUACCACCUGCUGUCGGACAGUCGGUAUAAGGCCUUCAUACGCUGGGAGGAAUCGGACUCCAUGGUCUUCAGAGUGGUGGAUCCCAAUGGACUGGCACGACUCUGGGGCAACCACAAGAACAGGGCCAAUAUGACCUAUGAGAAAAUGUCUAGAGCAUUGCGCCAUUACUACAAGCUCAACAUUAUCAAGAAAGAGACGGGGCAGAGGCUGCUCUUCCGGUUUCUGAAGACGCCCGAGGAAAUAAUGCAAGGCAGGUCGGAGCGUGCAGAACCGUCAGAGUCUCCCGAUAGUCCCCCGUCCCCGGACUACAGAGAAGACGCUCUGGAAGUAUCACCUGUCUCGACCCCUACCACCCCGAGUCCCAGCUCUGACCACAACUUCAGCAUAUCGCCAAUCCCAUGACACUCACUUCUACAUUAAUAAACCUGGCCUUUUAGAAUGGGAGACCCCAGAGCUGGACGUCCCAUACA